ACUAGACAUUCGGUCAUAGGAGCGGUGGAGGGGGGCGCUCGAGCCACGUCGGUGAAACAAAUCGUCGGUUGAAGGCAGAUUACAAAGAGGGUGAGUGGACUAAUUGCGAUAACAGCUGCGUCUUCUUUCAUCUCCCUUCAAAUAUCAGCUCGGGAGCGCAGAAAUCCACCCGGGACCGACUGUCCUGUGGAUGCGGGUCCCUGCUGCUCGAGCAGGAGAUCCAGGGCCAUGUCAACGCCAGAUCCCCCCAUGGGAGGCACCCCUCGCCCAGGUCCCUCCCCUGGUCCGGGUCCUUCCCCUGGCACCAUGCUGGGCCCCAGCCCUGGGCCUUCUCCAGGCUCCUCUCACAGCAUGAUGGGCCCCAGCCCUGGUCCUCCGUCCUCUGCACACUCCCAGCCAGGGCCCUCUGGAUAUGGCCCGGACAACAUGCACCCUCUGCACAAACCCAUGGAGGGUUUGCACGAGAAGGGCUUGAGUGAAGAGAGCCGCUUCAGUCAGAUGAAGGGAUUGUCUAUGAGACAGGGCGGGCACAGUGGGAUGGGCCCCCCACCCAGUCCUCUGGAUCAACACUCACAAGGAUACCACUCUCCUUUAGGUGGCUCUGACCACUCCAGCCCCGUCCCUUCAAAUGGUCCUCCCUCCGGACCUCUAAUGCCAUCAUCCUCUUCUUCCUCCUCCUCCGGUGGCCCUGGCUCUGCUUCUACACCUUUAGAUGGCCCCAGUGGAGAUCAGCACACGUUGGGUCCUAAUAACCGGCCUGGUCCUCCAGGCAGCGCUGGACCAGGACCCAGCCCUGGACCCAGUCUUGGCUCUAAUGUCCCCAGCCUUGGUUCUGGUCUUGAAACCAGUGGCCCUACCGGCCCUACGGGUCCUGGUGGCCCGGGUGGUCCUGGUGGUCCGACUCCCUUUAACCAGAAUCAGCUUCACCAACUCAGAGCCCAGAUCAUGGCUUAUAAGAUGCUGGCCAGGGGACAACCCCUGCCAGACCACCUCCAAAUGGCCGUCCAAGGAAAGAGACCAAUGCCAGGGAUGCAGCAGCAGCAGCCUAUGCCCAGCCUGGCUCCUGGAGCUGGAGGAGGGCCAGGAGGUGGUCCAGCAGGACCAGGACCAGGACCAGGGCCUGGACCAAUGGCAUCAGGCUACAGCCGGGCUCAUGGAAUGAUGGGUCCCAACAUGCCUCCUCCAGGCCCAUCAGGGACCCCAGCUGGGAUGCAGGGGCAGAACCCCAAUGGACCUCCAAAGUCCUGGCCUGAGGGCCCCAUGGUGAAUGCAGCUGCCCCCUCAAACGCACCCCAAAAACUGAUCCCCCCUCAGCCCACUGGCCGGCCCUCUCCUGCUCCUCCUUCAGUUCCCCCAGCUGCCUCCCCUGUAAUGCCCCCACAGACCCAGUCCCCAGGCCAGCCGGCUCAGCCUACUCCCAUGAUGCCUUACCACGCCAAGCAGAACCGCAUUACCCCCAUUCAGAAACCCUGUGGCCUCGACCCGGUGGAGAUACUGCAGGAGAGGGAGUACAGGUUACAGGCUCGUAUAACCCAUCGCAUUGCUGAACUGGAGAACCUGCCGGGUUCUCUGGCUGGAGAUUUACGUACCAAAGCUACUAUAGAGCUCAAAGCCCUCCGACUACUUAAUUUCCAGAGACAGCUGCGUCAAGAGGUGGUGGUGUGUAUGCGCCGGGACACAGCUCUAGAGACGGCUCUUGAUGCCAAGGCCUACAAGCGAAGCAAGCGACAGUCUCUCCGAGAGGCCCGCAUCACAGAGAAACUGGAAAAACAGCAGAAGAUCGAGCAAGAGCGCAAACGUAGACAAAAACAUCAGGAGUACCUCAACAGCAUCCUCCAGCAUGCCAAAGACUUCAAGGAAUACCACCGUUCAAUCACAGGCAAACUUCAAAAACUCACCAAAGCCGUGGCCACCUACCACGCCAACACUGAACGGGAGCAGAAGAAGGAGAAUGAACGUAUUGAGAAAGAGAGAAUGAGGAGGCUUAUGGCUGAGGAUGAGGAGGGCUACCGUAAACUGAUUGACCAGAAGAAGGAUAAGCGCCUGGCCUACUUGCUGCAGCAAACUGAUGAGUACGUUGCCAACCUCACAGAGCUGGUCAGAGCACACAAAGCUGCACAGGCCCUCAAGGAGAAGAAAAAGAAGAAGAAGAAAAAGAAGAAGUUGGAGAAUGCGGAGGGUCAGACUCCUGCCAUGGGGCCUGAUGGAGAGCCUCUGGAUGAGACGAGCCAGAUGAGUGACCUGCCUGUGAAGGUCAUCCAUGUGGACAGUGGGAACAUCCUGACAGGGGUGGACGCUCCCAAAGCGGGCCAGCUGGAGACCUGGCUGGAGAUGAACCCUGGUUAUGAGGUGGCUCCCCGCUCGGACAGUGAAGACAGUGAGGAGGAGGAAGAGGAGGAGGUGGGUUUUGUUGAGGAAGAAGAGGAGCCUCAGCCUUCUGCAGCACCAGUAGAGGAAAAGAAGAAGAUUACAGACCCUGACAGCGAGGAUGUGUCAGAGGUGGACGUCCGACACAUCAUUGAGAAUGCGAAGCAGGACGUGGAUGACGAGUAUAGUGGGGCAGCAUUUGCUCGAGGACUCCAGUCGUAUUACUCUGUGGCUCACGCUGUCACAGAGAAGGUGGAGAAACAGUCGAGUCUCUUGAUAAAUGGACAGCUCAAACAGUAUCAGAUUAAAGGUCUGGAGUGGCUGGUUUCUCUUUACAACAACAACCUAAACGGGAUCCUGGCUGAUGAAAUGGGUCUGGGCAAAACCAUCCAGACCAUCGCCCUCAUCACAUACCUCAUGGAGCACAAACGGCUCAAUGGACCCUACCUCAUCAUAGUACCCCUCUCAACUCUUUCUAACUGGGUGUAUGAGUUUGACAAGUGGGCACCAACAGUUGUGAAAGUGUCCUACAAGGGGUCUCCUGCUGCUAGAAGAGCAUUUGUACCCCAACUGCGUAGUGGCAAGUUUAACGUUUUACUCACCACUUAUGAGUACAUCAUCAAAGACAAACAAGUGCUGGCCAAGAUCCGUUGGAAAUAUAUGAUUGUGGAUGAAGGCCACCGUAUGAAGAACCACCACUGUAAACUGACCCAGGUCCUCAACACCCAUUACCUUGCUCCACGGCGAGUCCUGCUGACAGGGACUCCACUGCAGAACAAACUACCUGAGCUGUGGGCGCUGCUCAAUUUCCUUUUGCCCACCAUCUUCAAGAGCUGCAGCACCUUCGAGCAGUGGUUUAACGCCCCUUUUGCUAUGACUGGAGAGAAGGUGGAUCUCAAUGAAGAGGAGACAAUCUUGAUUAUUCGUCGUCUCCACAAAGUGCUGCGUCCCUUCCUGUUGAGAAGAUUAAAGAAGGAAGUCGAGGCACAGCUUCCAGAGAAGGUGGAAUAUGUGAUCAAGUGUGAUAUGUCGUCUCUCCAGAGGGUGCUGUACCGGCACAUGCAGGCCAAGGGUGUCCUGCUCACUGAUGGAUCAGAGAAAGACAAGAAGGGCAAAGGAGGAACAAAGACACUGAUGAACACCAUCAUGCAGCUGAGGAAGAUCUGUAACCAUCCUUAUAUGUUCCAGCAAAUAGAGGAAUCAUUCUCUGAACAUUUAGGAUUCUCUGGUGGGAUCGUCCAGGGUCCUGACCUGUAUCGGGCAUCAGGAAAGUUUGAGGUGUUGGAUCGAAUCCUGCCAAAGUUGAGAGCCACAAACCACAAAGUGCUGCUCUUCUGUCAGAUGACGUCACUGAUGACCAUCAUGGAGGACUACUUUGCUUACCGUAGCUUCAAGUAUCUUCGUCUUGAUGGCACUACGAAAGCUGAAGACAGAGGAAUGUUGCUGAAGACAUUCAAUGACCCAGAGUCAGAGUACUUUAUCUUUCUCCUGAGCACAAGAGCCGGAGGCCUUGGCCUCAACCUGCAGUCUGCCGACACUGUGGUUAUUUUUGACUCUGACUGGAACCCACAUCAGGACCUGCAGGCUCAGGACAGAGCCCAUCGCAUUGGUCAGCAGAACGAGGUGCGAGUGUUGCGUCUCUGUACAGUCAACAGCGUAGAGGAGAAAAUCCUGGCAGCAGCUAAAUACAAACUGAAUGUGGACCAAAAGGUCAUUCAGGCUGGCAUGUUUGAUCAGAAGUCUUCCAGCCAUGAGCGCAGGGCUUUCCUGCAGGCCAUCCUGGAACACGAGGAGCAAGACGAGGUCUGGGGUCAAGAAGUGUGUCUACGCAUGAAUGAGGAGGAUGAGGUGCCAGAUGAUGAGACGGUGAACCAGAUGAUUGCCAGGAGUGAAGAAGAGUUUGACCAGUUUAUGCGUAUGGACCUGGAUCGGCGUCGUGAGGAGGCUCGCAACCCGCGGCGAAAACCUCGUCUGAUGGAGGAGGACGAGCUGCCCACUUGGAUCAUGAAGGACGACGCUGAGGUUGAGCGACUGACCUGUGAAGAGGAGGAGGAGAAAAUGUUUGGACGAGGUUCUCGGCAGCGAAAGGAGGUGGACUACAGCGAUUCGCUGACCGAGAAGCAGUGGCUCAAGGCAAUAGAGGAGGGCACCCUGGAGGAGAUGGAGGAAGAGGUGCGUCACAAAAAGACGACCCGCAAGAGGAAGAGGGACCGCGACCUGGAUCUCCCUGGUCCCUCCUCUUCCUCAGGGGGUCGUGGACGAGGGGACAAAGACGAUGAUGGGAAAAGGCAGAGGAAGAGGGGACGACCGCCUGCUGAGAAACUCUCCCCAAAUCCUCCUGUCCUCACGAAGAAGAUGAAAAAGAUUGUGGACGCUGUCAUCAAGUACAAAGACAGCGCCAGUGGGCGUCAGCUAAGCGAGGUGUUCAUCCAGCUGCCAUCUCGAAAAGAGCUGCCAGAGUACUACGAGCUGAUCCGCAAGCCGGUGGACUUCAGGAAGAUCAAGGAGAGGAUCCGAGGCCAUCGCUACCGCAGUCUGGGUGACCUGGAGAGAGACGUCAUGCUGCUCUUCCAAAACGCUCAGACCUUCAACCUGGAGGGUUCACUGAUAUACGAAGACUCCAUCGUGCUCCAGUCAGUGUUCACCAGCUUGAGGCAGAAGAUUGAGAAGGAGGAGGAAAGUGAGGGAGAAGAGAGCGAGGAAGAGGAGGAGGAGCAGGAGGAAGGAUCAGAGUCUGAAUCUCGCUCAGUGAAAGUGAAAAUCCGCCUAGGCAGGAAGGAUAAAGGUGGCGAUCGAGGGAAGGCACGCAGCCGACGAACAGGACGCACCAGAGCCAAACCUGUCGUCAGUGAUGAUGACUCUGAGGAUGAGCAGGAAGAGGAGCGCUCCCCGAGUGCCACUGAUGAGGAGUCCUGAACUGCACUGUGAUGUGGGAGAGAAGGAGCAUAAAGGGUUAUUCCACCAAAUCAAGCACCACAUAUAGAGUAACAAAACCUGCCUUAGUCGGCUCCAAAGGUAAAAAAAAACAACAAAAAAAGGACGGAGAGGGAGCUUGCAAUACUGUCUAUACAGGUACAAAUACAUUUGUAGGCAUCACGUGAAUCCAGUAAAGUAUCAUAAAAUACACAUCUUCGUAAAGCUUUGUGUUAAACUUUGUUCUGCUGAGGUUCAGUCUGAAAAAGUGCGCAAGGAAAUCGAAUGACGUUUUCAUUGUUUUCUGCAAUUUUAGCAGUUUUUGAUCAUUGUUAUCGAGAAUGUUGUGCACAGGUAUGAAAAAAUACUUAAACUGACCCAAUAUCUGUUUGUGCGUUGAAGAGAGCAAAAAUGAAAAAAUGACAGUGCAGAAGUUAAGACUGAGAUAUCUAUUGUGAACCACAGAAAGGACCUGCUGUCCACCGCACACAACAGAAAAUACACGUUUAUCACAGGCCAAUGUGGAAAAAGCUGUUGUGUUGUUUUCUAAAAAUAACUUCAGUUUUCAAAAACAUGAACAGCUAUCUUAAUGUGUCUUCCUCGGGCCAUCUUAAAACAUACUGCAAAUACCUUAAGUCAUGUGUAAAUUCAGUUUUUAGAAUUGUAACUGCUUCAGUUGACUUUAUUUUGAAAGUCCCCCCGUUGAGCAUUUAUACACACAUUUAUUGAGUGAUUAAUAACACAAUGUAAUUGGGUUGUAGACAGCUUUAAAGACACCUUUAAAUGAAUUUACAUUAAGUUAGGGAUUAGAACUUCUCUAUCAGCUUGUAUUGUAAUGAACUGUCUAUUUGCAUACCAACAUCCAGAGUUAUGGUUAUUGACAAAUACAUAAAUAAAUACGACUGCAUUAUAGUAUUAUAAAUGAUUUAGUACAGGUUUAGUUGGUACUUUUAAAUGCUGGUUCGGGGGCCUGCAGGGAAGUGCUGCAAAUAAAACAAACCUUUUUAAUCUUUAGGAGGAAUAAAAAUUCUAUUUCCUAAAUUCUAAUAUAUCUGUGUUAACAAAUGAAGUUAUUUUCAGUUUUUUCAGUUUUUGGACUCUACUGAGACCUUAACUAACAUGCAGAGUAAGAACAGGCGUAAAAGAGUAAAGUGAAGUAAACAGGAUUGAAUGUAAACAAAAUGUUUUCAGAUAGAGCUGCAUUUUCACCCUGUGUGAAGCCACCAUCUUACCUCACCUCACCUUACAUCUAGAUAUCAACAAACCCAAUAUUUCACCUCUGCUUCCCUUCGGUUUCGUGUCGUAACGACAGUCAGCCUCUCCGGAGCCGCUGUGACCGCAGAGGUGUGUGUUUAUCACGUGUUUGUGACCUGCGCUCACUGUUUGACUUGGAAAUCCAGCCUCCUGCGGGCGCAGGGUGUUUCCAGACGUCUCAGAAGCUCUUUAGCAACUCACCACAGUUAUUUGACUGAGGUUUUAUGGAGCUGAGGCCGAAUUGCUCUCCAGUAUUGUACAUAUGGUACAGCAUAAAUACAACCUACUUUACCUUGCUGCUGCUUACCUGUUACACUUCCAGUACGAGCACUUACAAACUUCUAAACUGUUGAUUGUAGACUUAAAGAAUCAUGAGGUUGUAAUUCAUCAGUGAGUACUGUAACUUUAAUUGCUUCUACUUCAGUUGUUGUGUGGUGAUUUUAGGAUUUUGGAACUUUCUCUUCAACUUUGGCACUUUUUAUGUUUUUGAUUUCAAGACAAAGGACCAGAGGGACAGUGGCUCUUCUCUGCUUGUGAAUGCCUCAUGGCUGUAUGGUGUUGGAUAUACUGUAUAGAGUAUUUUUUAGAGUAUAAUGUUGAUGCACGUAUGUACAGCUUGCAAGUUCAGUACUGUACUUUUCUCAUUACGGUAGAUAACUAGAGUGAACCAAAGCAUCAAUGUUUUCUCCACUAAAUGAUCUGGAUCUGUCUGUGUUGUGUUGUGUCACUGUCGCUGGAAUUCAGAACGAAACAAUAAAUUGUUGACGUUG